AGUAUGUUAUUUUAUCCCCAUGAGGAUAUACAUUUACAGCCAUGUAAACAAAGUUCGUGGGCGUCAAUAUAAAGUGUUCUGCCCCACUUGUUACGUAGGUUAUAACACCUGUUGAAACACAAAUGAAGAGCAAGUAGAUUUGUGAUGAGGAAUACACGCGAAUGGAUGCAAUAUCAGAUACUGUUCCGGAAAGUCACUGGGCAGCUGUUGGUAUUGUCCGUUCGAAGGCGAUGUAUUUGCUACGCAGUUCUCAGCUGCUUGGGAGGAACUUCAACUAUCUUCUUUUACUUCUACGAACCACGAGUUCCUUUAUUAGCCCUACCUAGUUAUAUGUUUUCAGGCAUAUUGGCGGAAAUUAUGGUUAGUUACUGGAUGAUCACUUUCCACAGCCUUUCGUUAGCUGGCAGCAAAUACGCGACAUGUUUCAAGAGUAAGUUAAAACAAGGAACUGUGUCUGCAGAGAUGAUAGGAGAGUACAGAAUUCUCUGGAUGCGGUUGAGUGAAUUGGUGUCAGGAGCAGGAGUUGCGACGGAAACUCUGUUAGCUCUGUACGUCUCAUUUCUUCUCUUUAGCCUCGUCACAUGUUUGUACGGAUUCCUGUUUGGGGUCAGCAAUGAACACUCCAGCAGAGAAAUGACCAUGACUGCUACGGGCACGGUCGGAUUUCUUUGUGCAGCUCAUUUCUACUGUAUUUGUAGUACGGCGGACUACAUUACGACAACUGUCGAAACGAAAGUUCAGAAGGAGUUACAUCACAUCACAACAUGGUGCAGAAGGCAGGACAUACAGCAGGAGGUAAACAACUUUCUGGGAACGAUAUCGAUGAAUCCUCCGGUGAUAUCAAUGUUGGGUUUUACGAAUAUAAACAGAAGAUUGUUCGCUUCGCAUGCGUCCGCAAUGCUUACAUACCUCAUUGUCUUGCUGCAGAUGAAAAUGGGAGAGGCCGAACCGAAUAAAAUGUGAAUUUUAAUAGAGAAUCUUUACAAUAAAUGUUGUAUUUUAAAAUAAA